CUAGGCAUACAGACUGCUUCUACAAACAUUUGUGAAAGAAUGGGUCGCUCUCAGGAGCUCAGUGAAUUCAAGCGAGGUCCCGUGAUAAGUUGCCACCUGUGCAAUAAGUCCAUCCGUGACAUUUCCUUGUUACUAAAUAUUCCACGGUCAACUGUUAGUGGUAUUAUAACAAAGUGGAAGCAAAUGGGAACAAUAGCAACUCACUUAAAAUGACAGAGCAGGAUGCAGUGGUGUAAAGCAUGUGUUCUCUGGAGUGACGAAUCACGGUUCUCUGUCUGGAAAUCCGAAGGACAUGUCUGGGUUUGGCGGUACUUGCCUGACUGCAUUGUGCCAAGUGUAA